AUGGAAGUCGCUGCCACAGAGACGCCGAAUGGCGUGUCUGCGCCAGAUAUUGCAGUAUCGGUAGACUCCGACACAGUGAUUCAGUACCUCACAGAAGUUCUCCAGGUGACACUGGGUGCUCUGAAGUCUGAGCUUCAGAGUGGGGGAAGCUUGCUUUCAAGUGCCAGAUAUCAGGACACGGCGCAGAAGUGUAUGCGAUUUGCCUGCGAGCCGCAAGUUGCCUUGUAUGUGCAGAAGGAUAUUGCUACGGCAGAGGAAGCCAAUGGUGAUCGUGAGGAUGCUGAGCCAGUUGUACAGUAUUCAUACACAUUAUCCUCCGAUAUCUCCUCUGCAUCCACAACUGUAGCCUCGGUAGCUUUCAUCAAACGUCCCGCGCCGAUUGAUCCAGCUCUCCCGAUCGCCUCCCAGAUCCAGGUAAUCAACCUGCCUGGUCUGGCAUCGUUAAACAACACACAGUCUCAGCAAGGAGUGUCCAUGUCGCCGUAUCAAAUUAUCAAUCUCUUUCUUCACCAUGCCCUAAGUCCAUACUUCGAGGCCCACACGCGCAACCAGGAACCAGCUGCUGGCUCAAAAUCGCGAACCGAUACGGAGGCAAAGACUGGAAUUCCUGGUACGAAGAGGAGAUUUGCGGAGCUGGAGCUAGGUCUCCAGCAUUUGCAACAAAAUGUGGAGAUUCCAGCCUUGAUCCUACCGCUUCACGAGGUCGUGCAGGCCGCACUGAAAGAAGCGGAGGCCAGAGGGAUCAAACCAACCGUCGAGCUGAUCCCGUCCUCGGUCCUGGAUAGUAGUGCGUUUACCAACAGUAUUCAGAACACCGUGAACGGAUGGAUUCGGUCGAUUCAAACCAUUACCAAGAUGUCUCGAGAUCCGGAUGGUGAAUCUGCUUCCCCGGAAGUAAAUUUCUGGUUGUCGAUGGAAACGGCCUUGGAGGGGAUUGAGAGUCAGCUGGCGAGCGAUGGAGUGCGGUUGACUAUGGAUAUUCUUCGUCACGCGAAGCGCUACCAGCCCACGCUGAGUUUUGUGGCUGACACUGGGCUGAAAGAUGCCACAGAGUUGGUCCAGAAGUACAACCAGCUCAUGCGUGAUUUCCCGUUGGAUGAGCUUCUCUCAGCAACUUCCCUGCAGAAAGUGCAAGAAUCUCUCGGUCUUGUCUUCAACCAUUUGAACAAAAAAUUGAAGAUCUGCCCAUAUCCGAUCAAGCGCGCCCUCUCACUUGUCGAAGCAAUCUCUGGUGAUUUGGACAAGAAAAUUCACGAAUUAGUCAAGGGUCGUGAGAUUCUGCAACUCGACUAUCGCGAAUUUCGGUCAUUGAUGAAGACGACCCAGGCAAUCUGGCGCUCAUGGGACGAAAACUUGAAAGAGUUCACAAAUGUUGCCCGUGAAUCGACCAGACGUCGAAAUGAGAAGUUUAUCCCCAUCAAGAUCAAUGCUCGUCACGACAAGACCCGUGAGCGGUUGAAGUAUAUCGACACGUUCCGCAUCAACCACGAGCAGCUCCAGAAAACUAUUAUCAAUGUCCUUGGACCAAAGAACACGUCCCCCACAGAGGCCGGUGCCGGCGUCGACUCUGAGGAGACAGUCAUUGUUGAGGAAAUUGGUGACGUGGAUGCUGUUGAGGAGGUCACACAUGCCUACGCUGCUUUGAAGAACGUAGACGCACUUGACGUCUCGCCCGAGGGAUCGCGCGCAUGGGAGCAAGCUGAGAUCAGUUACAGCGAGCGCACUUCUCGCGUGGAGAACUCCAUCAUUGCGCGCCUCCGUGAUCGCCUAGCAACUGCCAAAAAUGCCAACGAGAUGUUCCGAGUGUUCUCCAAGUUCAAUGCUUUGUUGGUUCGCCCGAAGAUUCGUGGCGCCAUUGGCGAGUAUCAGACGCAGCUGAUUGACAACGUCAAGCGAGAUAUCGCUGCUCUGCAUGAGCGCUUCAAGCAGCAGUAUGGCCAUUCCGAGGCUCAUGCAAUGGCUCAAUUGAGAGAUCUGCCUCCCGUCUCCGGCGCUAUCAUAUGGGCUCGCCAGAUUGAGCGUCAACUUGAUGGUUACAUGCGCAAAGUUGAGAAUGUGCUUGGUGAAGACUGGCACCUUCAUUCAGAGGGUCAGAAAUUGCAGGCGGAAGGCAAUCUCUUCCGUAAAAAGCUCGACACUCGGCCAGUCUUCGAAUCUUGGCUGUACGAUGUGCAAAGACGCCACAUCACAAUCUCCGGGCGACUAUUCAAUAUUGUGCGCAAUCGUGCUGCUGGUAACAAGCUAGAGCUUGCUGUCAAUUUCGACGCUCAGAUCAUUGCGCUGUUCAAAGAGGUUCGCAAUCUCAUUUGGCUGAAUUUCCAGGUCCCUCAUGCCGUCAGCAAUAUCUCGAAAGAGGCGAAACGUGUCUACCCAUAUGCUAUUAGUUUGAUGGAGAGUGUGCGUACUUUACUCCAAACGAAUCGUACAAUUACGUCGAUGUCGGAUGUUGCCAUUCUUCUCAAUGGUUACGUGAACGAUUGCCAAGCAAUGGUCAAUAAGGGAAUCCCGCUUCGAUGGGAAUCUUUCGUCCACUCCUACGAACUGCACGUCAAACAGUCGGCACUCGCGAAUGGCGCCAUUGACACAUCCAUCCCUUCUCGAUCUGAAAGCAAACAUGUUCAGUUCGUUCGCGAAUUCGCCGGCUCUGCAUCUGUUUUGCAGUCUAAGACCGCGGUACUCUCGUCGAUCAAUGAGAAUAUUCAGAAGUCAAUUCAUGAAUUGAAGACAUGUGCAUACGAUGCCGGGGCAUUUAAGGAACGUCUGGACGUCAUUCAAGUUGCCGUGGAUAAGCUGAACCUCGAAAACUAUGUCAACCUUGAAUUCUGGGUUUCUGAGCUGAACGCAAAGAUCGAGGCAAUUUUGAGUGAACGACUGCACCGUGCCAUUCGAGAGUGGAUUAGUACGUUCCAAGAGACCCAAAGUGGAGGCACUCUCGCCUUAUCACAAACCGAGACAGACACCGCAUUGAUCUAUAAUCUCUCGUUCCCUGAGCUUUUCCACGAGAUCUCUAUGAAAAACCAGCUUCUCCACGUUGAUCCGCCUCUCCAGUUUGCGCGAGCCAGUUGGUUUUCUCAAUUCGACUCUUGGUUAGGAGUUGUUUGCAAUCUGGAGAAAAUCAAGGCUUCACGCUAUCAGAUUUCAAUUAACAUGCAAACGGUGCGACAGUCGGAAGUCUGCUUUGCGAACCUUCCGCAAACUUGUACCAAAGAGCUUCAGCAGGUCUAUGAAGUUGUUGAGAGUCGAUUGAAGGAUGUUUCAGAAUAUGUUGACAAGUGGCUCCAGUUCCAAUCUCUUUGGGACUUACAGUCAGAGCAUGUUUAUGAUAUUCUUGGAGAUGAUCUGUCCCAGUGGCUGCAACUCCUUCAAGAAAUUCGCAAGAGCAGAGCCACAUUCGAUACUUCCGAAGUGAGCCGGUCUUUUGGCAACAUCAGGAUCGACUACGAGCAGGUCCAGACCAAGGUCAAUGCGAAAUACGACCAGUGGCAGCACGAAAUACUUCAAAAGUUCGGCGCCAAGCUUGGCGGUCGUGUCCGGGAGGUUCACGCUGAACUCACCUCGGCCCGCCGUGAUCUUGAAGGCCAGAGCUUAGAAGCUUCCUCGACCGCACACGCAGUUUCUUUCAUCACUAUCGUUCAACAGUGCAAGCGAAAGAUUCGGGUCUGGGAGCCGGAGGUUGAACUCUUCCGCCAGGGUCAGACCACAUUAUCACGCCAGAGAUAUACAUUCCCGAAUGACUGGCUUGAUGUCGGAAACGUGGACGGCGAGUGGACGUCUUUGAAUGAGCUUCUUGAACGAAAGAGCAAGAUCGUUCAAGAUCAAACUGAUGCUCUCCGUGCGAAAAUCGCAGCAGAGGAUCGGGUCAUUAGCGAUAGGAUUGCGGAAGUCAUUUCUCAAUGGAACGACGAAAAGCCAGUCUCGGGUACAAUCCCUCCCGAAGAGGCUUCUCGAACUCUCAGCUCUUUCCAAUCGCGACUUGAAGCACUCCAGACUGAAUUUGAGAUGGUUUCCAAGGCCAAGGAAGCCCUUGAUCUCCCUGCGAGCUCUGACUCAUCACUCCCUGCCAUUCUUGAGGAGGUCCAGGAUUUCAUGUCUGUCUGGGCCGCUUUGUCGACAAUCUGGAAGAGUCUCAACGAUUUGCGCGAGGGUCUUUGGAAUAGUGUUCAGCCUCGUAAGCUGCGCCAAGCGCUGGAUGGUCUCAUCAAGAUGACCAAGGAGAUGCCUAGCCGAAUGAGGCAAUAUGCUGCAUUUGAACAUAUCCAAAAUGUCCUGCGACAGCUUCUGAAGGUCAACUCUCUCCUGUCAGACAUGAAAUCUGAGGCAGUCAAGGAAAGACACUGGCAGAAGAUCUACAAGUCUCUGAAGCCUGGCAAACGGUUCUCACUCGUUACCCUCACACUUGGAGAUGUGUGGGACCUUCAACUUGCAACCAGCGAGCCUGUUAUUCGGAACAUCAUUGCACAAGCUCAGGGCGAGCUAGCACUCGAAGAGUUCCUGAAGACUGUCCGUGAGACUUGGCAGAGCUAUUCGUUGGAACUUGUCAAUUAUCAGAAUAAGUGCCGACUCAUUCGUGGCUUUGACGAUCUUUUUGCCAAGUGCAGCGAAAACCUGAACUCUCUCCAGGCAAUGAGACACUCUCCAUACUACAAAGAGUUCGAGGAGGAGGCCGCUGCCUGGGAAGACAAACUGAACCGUGUGCACGUCUUAUUCGAUGUUUGGAUCGACGUGCAAAGGCAGUGGGUCUAUUUGGAGGGUGUGUUCACUGGAAAUGCCGAUAUCAAGCAUCUGCUCCCCCUUGAAUCAAGUCGAUUCCAGAACAUCAAUUCUGAAUUCUUCGCUGUCAUGAAAAAGGUCUACAAAUCGCCUUUUGUGCUUGAUGUACUGGCAAUAAAUGGCGUCCAGAAAUCCUUGGAAAGAUUGGCUGAGCUGCUCAACAAGAUCCAGAAAGCGCUCGGUGAAUAUCUUGAGCGAGAGCGCGUGUCUUUCCCUCGAUUUUACUUCGUGGGUGAUGAGGACCUCUUGGAAAUCAUCGGAAAUAGCAAUGAUAUCUUCCGUGUUGCAAAACAUUUCAAGAAAAUGUUCGCAGGCUUGUCGGGGCUUCUCAUGGACGACGAUAACAACAUUGUCGGCUUCACCUCCAAGGAAGGCGAAGAGGUGCGCCUCAAACGGGAGGUUAAUCUUGUCAAAACCCCUAGAAUCAAUGACUGGUUAUCGGCACUGGAAACCAACAUGAAAUUGACUUUGGCGGAGCUUCUGGGCGAAGCAGUUGAACAAUUUGACACGCUCUACAAUGCUGGAGAUGUGGACUGCACGGCCUUCAGCGACUACUUGGCCAAUUAUCCUGCUCAGAUCGUUGUCCUCGCUAGCCAAGUUGUCUGGACUAACGCAGUACAAAAAUCUCUUGAGGAUGGUGGAGCCACUCUUCAAACCUUGUACGAGUCGGAAGUUCGAAUUCUGGAGUUGCUGGCCGCCACUGUUCUCGGUGAGCUGGACGCGAUCACUCGCAAGAAAUGCGAGCACAUGAUUACAGAGUUUGUGCACCAACGUGAUGCCAUCUCUAAGCUCAUUCAGCACAACGCCACGACCCCGACCCACUAUCUUUGGUUGCUGCAAAUGCGAUACGUGUACCAGCCAGACGGUGACUUCCUACAGCGCUUAUACGUUCACAUGGCUAAUGCAAAGCUCAACUAUGGCUUUGAAUAUCUCGGUGUGCCGGAACGUCUAGUUCGCACUCCACUCACAGAUCGCUGUUUCCUCACCCUCACUCAAGCUCUAUGUCAGCGACUUGGUGGAUCACCUUAUGGUCCAGCAGGUACUGGUAAAACCGAGUCCGUUAAGGCUCUUGGUCUGCAACUUGGCCGUUUCACCCUUGUCUUUUGUUGUGACGAUACCUUCGACUUCCAAGCCAUGGGCCGAAUCUUCCUAGGUAUUUGUCAAGUGGGUGCAUGGGGCUGUUUCGAUGAGUUCAACCGUCUGGAGGAAAGAAUCUUGUCCGCUGUCUCGCAGCAAAUUCAAAACAUCCAAAUCGGACUGCGGAAGGGAGAAGAGGAUGAUAAAUCCCAGAUAGAGUUGGUUGGCCGCCGCUUAGCAGUCAACUCGAAUACUGGCAUCUUCAUCACCAUGAAUCCUGGAUACGCUGGUCGCUCCAACUUGCCAGACAAUUUGAAAAAGCUUUUCCGCAGUGUCGCUAUGUCAAAGCCCGACAAGGAACUUAUCGCGGAAGUCAUGCUUUUCUCCCAAGGAUUCAAGCAAGCAAAACCCCUUUCCAAACAGACCGUACCCUUCUUCGACCACUGUGCGGGCCAGCUUUCGAAGCAGGCUCAUUACGAUUUUGGUCUCCGUGCUUUGAAGAGUGUUCUCGUCAGCUCCGGUGGUCUGAAGCGAGCUCGACUGGCUACUUCAGAAAACGAACUCGGACCCGACGAAAUUAUCGAACCUCAGAUUAUUGUUCAGAGUUUGCGUGAGACCAUUGCGCCUAAACUCGUUCAAGAAGAUGUGAGUCGCAUGCUCGAGAUUCAGACACAAACCUUCCCUGGGGUUGAGUAUGUGCCUGCGAAUUAUGACCAGUUGGUCGAAGCAAUCCGUAAAAUUGCGAAAGCGAAUCACUACGUGGACAGUGAGAUGUGGAUCACCAAAGCUCUUCAGCUUUAUCAGAUCCAGAGUAUCCACCACGGUGUCAUGAUGGUUGGCAGAUCGGGUUCUGGUAAAUCCGCCGCGUGGAAAAUCCUGCUUCAGGCAAUGCAAGCCAUUGAAAAUGUUGAGGGCGUUUGCCACAUUAUCGAUUCCAAGGUUAUGUCCAAGGAAGCCCUUUAUGGUAACCUGGAUAGUACCACUCGCGAGUGGACGGACGGUCUCUUCACCGGCAUUUUGCGAAAGAUUGUAGACAACCUUCGUGGAGAGGAUACCAAACGCCACUGGAUUGUGUUCGAUGGCGACGUUGAUCCAGAGUGGGUCGAGAACUUGAACAGUGUUCUGGACGAUAACAAGCUUUUGACCUUGCCCAAUGGUGAACGUCUCAACCUGCCUUCCAAUGUGCGUGUCAUGUUUGAAGUGGAAACUUUGAAGUAUGCAACUCUGGCCACAGUCAGUCGCUGUGGCAUGGUUUGGUUCAACGAGGACACCGUCACCCCUUCUAUGAUGAUCAAUAAUUACGUGGAAAGCCUGAAAACCAAGACGUUCGAGGAUUUGGAUGAUGAUAGCGCCCCAGUUGGCAGCUCCGCAGCCAGAACGCAGAGUACCCAGGAAAUGCUUUCGGUGGUGCUGAAACAGCACCUGGAAAGCGAUGAUCUUGUUCUCAAAGCCCUCAAGGAAGCGAAGAACUACGGUCACAUAAUGGACUUCACCGAUAUUCGUGCUCUCAACACAAUGUUCAGCCUGUUGAACAAGGCUUGUCGAAACGUUCUGGAGUACAACAUCCAGCAUGUUGACUUUCCCUUGGACUCCGAGCAAAUCGAGUCUUACAUGUCCAAAAAACUUCUACUUACCCUUGUGUGGUCUUUCACGGGUGACUGUCCGCUGAUGGAUCGCAAAGCCUUUGGUCAGUAUGUUGCUGGAAUGACCACCAUAGAUCUUCCACCUGACGGAGACUCCUCUCUCAUCGACUACGAUGUCACUCUCCCCAAGUCAGAGUGGGCUAGUUGGCAGUCUCAAGUGCCCACGAUCGACAUCAACACACAUUCGAUCACUCAAACAGAUGUCAUCAUUCCCACUGUGGAUACCGUGCGUCACGAGGAUGUCCUCUAUUCUUGGCUGGCCGAACACAAGCCUCUCCUGCUGUGCGGUCCACCUGGAUCUGGUAAAACAAUGACCUUAUUCGCUGCGUUGAGAAAAUUGCCGAAUUUGGAGGUCGUUGGUCUCAAUUUCUCCAGCGCUACUACACCUGAUCUUUUGAUCAAGACCUUUGAGCAGUAUUGUGAAUACAAAAAGACGCUCAAUGGCGUUGUUAUGUCUCCCAAUCAGAUUGGACGCUGGCUUGUCAUCUUCUGUGACGAGAUCAAUUUGCCCGCCCCUGAUCGCUAUGGGACGCAGCGAGCAAUCGCAUUCCUGCGUCAACUUGUGGAACAGAAUGGAUUCUGGCGCACUUCAGACAAGACAUGGGUUAGUCUCGACCGCAUACAAUUCGUUGGUGCGUGUAAUCCGCCAACUGAUGCAGGCCGUACGCCGAUGGGUGAGCGUUUCCUGCGUCAUGCUCCACUGAUCAUGGUGGACUAUCCUGGUGAAUUGUCACUCAACCAGAUUUAUGGUACCUUUAAUUCUGCAAUUCUCAAGAUCUUGCCUUUACUUCGCGGAUACUCGGAGGCACUCACAAAGGCCAUGGUCCAAUUCUAUCUCGAAUCACAGACCAGAUUCACACCCAAAAUCCAACCCCAUUACGUGUACUCACCUCGUGAGCUCACCCGAUGGGUCCGUGGUGUCUAUGAGGCUAUCAAGCCUCUGGAGUCCCUGUCGAUCGAGGGUCUGGUGCGAAUAUGGGCUCACGAGGCCUUACGCCUCUUCCAAGAUCGCCUGGUUGCCGAGGACGAGCGAGCUUGGACUUCAGAUGCUGUUCGUCGUAUUGCACUGGAGCAUUUCCCGACAAUCGACCAGGAAGAGGCGCUGAAGGGCCCUAUUCUUUUCUCCAACUGGCUUUCUAGGCACUAUGUUCCUGUGCAACAGGAAAUUUUACGUGACUUUGUGAAGGCUCGUCUCAGAACAUUUUGUGAAGAAGAGGUCGAUGUGCCGCUGGUGUUGUUCAAUGAUGUCUUGGAACACGCUCUUCGUAUUGACCGAGUGUUCCGGCAGCCCCAGGGUCAUCUCAUCCUAAUUGGUGUCAGUGGCAGUGGAAAAACCACACUCUCUCGAUUUGUCGCCUGGAUGAACGGACUCAAAGUCUUCCAGAUCAAGGUCCAUGGCAAGUACUCGUCGGAAGACUUUGACGAUGAUCUGAGAAGUGUUCUGCGUCGGGCAGGCUGCAAAGGUGAAAAAAUUUGCUUCAUCAUGGAUGAGGCAAAUGUUCUCGACUCGGGUUUCUUGGAACGAAUGAAUACCCUUCUUGCCAAUGCAGAGGUCCCCGGUCUUUUUGAGGGCGACGAGUUCGCGUCAUUGAUGACUGCCUGUAAAGAGGGCGCUCAACGUCAGGGCCUGCUCUUGGAUUCCCAAGAGGAGCUUUACAAAUGGUUCACACAGCAAAUCAUCAAAAACCUCCAUGUGGUCUUCACUAUGAAUCCACCCGAAGAUGGACUUUCCUCCAAGGCCGCAACCAGUCCUGCUCUCUUUAACCGUUGCGUGCUGAAUUGGAUGGGUGACUGGUCCGACCAGGCUCUUUUCCAAGUCGGAUCUGAGCUCACUCAGUCUGUUGAUUUGGACAAGCCCAACUUUGUCGCUCCCGACAGUAUCCCUGUUGCCUAUAGGGAACUUUCUCUCCCUGCGUCGCACAGAGAUGCAGUUGUCAACUCGAUGGUGUUCAUUCACCACUCGCUGCAUCGUUUCAAUCAACGCUUGCAAAAGCAGCAAGGCCGAUCAACAUUCCUCACGCCACGCCAUUAUCUCGAUUUCGUGGCUCAAUAUGUCAAGUUGUUCAACGAGAAGCGUGAGGAUCUUGAGGAACAACAGCGUCAUUUGAAUGUCGGUCUGGAAAAGCUUCGCGAUACCGUGGAUAAAGUGAGCGAUCUGCGGGCUAGUCUGGCUCAGAAAAAGACACAACUGGAGAGGAAGGACACCGAAGCCAAUGAGAAACUCCAACGCAUGGUUGCCGAUCAACAAGAAGCUGAACAACGGAAGCAGGUCUCGUUGGAAGUGCAGCAAGCAUUAGAAAAGCAAGAGAAGGAAGUAGCAACACGAAAGGAGGUUGUAUUGAAUGACCUGGCGCGCGCAGAACCUGCCGUUCUUGAAGCCCAAAAGAGUGUCAGCAACAUCAAGCGUCAGCACUUGACCGAGGUUCGUUCCAUGGGUAACCCGCCCGCAAGCGUCCGGCUUGCUCUUGAAGCUGUCUGUACUCUCCUCGGCCACAAGGUCGACAGCUGGAAGACGAUUCAGGGAAUCAUCCGCCGAGAGGAUUUCAUCGCUAGCAUCGUGAACUAUGACAAUGAGCGUCACAUGACCCGCAACCAUCGCAUCAAGAUGCAAAAUGAGUUCUUGUCCAAAGAAGACUUCACCUACGAGCGUGUGAACCGUGCCAGUAAAGCAUGUGGUCCACUCGUGCAAUGGGUUGAAGCGCAAGUGAACUAUUCAGCUAUCUUGGAUAGAGUUGGACCGCUGCGCGAGGAAGUCGAUCAAUUGGAGGAGCAGGCCCUUCAGACCAAGGCCGAGGCCCAGGCUAUUGAAAACACCAUUCAAGGCCUCGAGAGCAGUAUUGCCACAUACAAGAGCGAAUACGCUGCUUUGAUCAGUGAGACUCAGGCUAUCAAAUCUGAGAUGUCCCGGGUCCAGUUCAAGGUCGACCGAAGUGUUCGUUUGCUUGACAGUCUCGCAUCGGAACGUGAACGGUGGGAAGAGGGAAGCAAGUCGUUCGAGACCCAAAUCAGUACUCUGGUUGGUGACGUUUUGAUCGCUGCAGCCUUCCUGGCAUAUGCGGGUCUUUACGAUCAACAAUUCCGUAAGGCGAUGAUUGAUGACUGGGUCCACCAGCUUGCUCAGUCGGGCAUUCACUUCAAGCCCCACAACCCGAUCACUGAGUAUCUCUCCAAUGCCGAUGAGCGUCUCAAGUGGCAGGCGAACUCGCUUCCGGUCGACGAUCUCUGUACCGAGAACGCCAUCAUUCUGAAUCGAUUCAACAGAUACCCUCUGAUUGUCGAUCCAUCGGGCCGAGUGACAGAGUUCUUGCAGAAAGAGAGCAAAGAUCGCAAACUCACAGUGACCAGUUUCUUGGAUGACUCCUUUGUUAAGCAAUUGGAGAGUGCCCUCCGUUUCGGAAACCCCAUAUUGAUCCAGGAUGCUGAACAUCUGGACCCUAUUCUGAAUCACGUCCUGAACAAAGAAUACCAGAAGACCGGUGGUCGUGUUCUGAUACAGCUCGGCAAGCAGGAGAUUGACUUUUCACCAUCAUUCAAGCUGUUCCUUUCGACCAGAGAUCCCUCUGCAGAAUUCCCUCCAGAUAUCUGCAGUCGAACGACCUUUGUCAAUUUCACAGUCACGCAAAGCAGUUUGCAAACGCAGUCGUUGAACGAUGUCCUCAAAUUCGAGCGACCUGACGUGGAUGAGCGCCGCAACAAUCUCGUCAAGAUGCAAGGUGAAUUCAAGGUCCACCUUCGACAACUCGAGAAGCGCUUGUUGCAGGCUCUCAACGAGUCUCGUGGAAACAUCCUCGACGACGACAAUGUCAUCGAGACGCUAGAGACGCUGAAGAAAGAAGCUGCCGAGAUUUCAAAGAAGAUGUCUGAGACAGAGGGCGUCAUGUCGGAAGUGGAAAAUAUCACCAACCAGUACAGCAGCAUUGCCAAAGCGUGCAGUGCAGUCUUCGCUGUUUUGGAACAACUUCAUCAUAUCAACCACUUCUAUCAGUUCUCGCUCCAGUACUUUGUGGACAUCUUCAACGCCGUUCUCUAUCAGAACAAACGCCUGGCCCAAGAGAAAGAUCACGGGGCUCGGGUGGGUAUCAUCAUUCAAGAUCUGUUUAUUACAACCUAUCAGCGGACUUCACUCGGAUUAGUUCAGAAGGAUCGAAUUACCCUGGCCAUACUGCUUGCUCAAGCCACUCCAUUCCCCAUGGAUAGAGGUAUUUUGGAUCGCAUCCUGGAUGAAUCCGUCGGGGGUAAUGAUUUGUCGACGGACGUGAGCGCACGCGAGCAUGUGAUGAGCAAGCUUUUGAACAUGACACUUUUCAAGGAGUUUGUACCCAAUGUUUCCCAGGAGGAUUGGGAUCGCUUUUUCAAUGAAGAGAUCGCCGAGAACGUCGUCCCUAUCGUCUGGAAGGAGGAGACGACCAAGCUUGAUCAACUUCUCCUUUCAUUGCUGCUCGUCAAGCUUUGUCGCAUGGAUCGAUUUGUGCCCACCGCAGAACGCUUUGUGGAGGCUGUGUUUGGCCGGGAGCUCUACGAUGGCAGCGGUGACCUCAAAGACGUGGUUGACCAGGUCACCGCUACCGCUCCUAUUGCGCUGAGUUCUAGUCCUGGAUUCGAUGCCAGCUACAAGGUCGAUGCCUUGGUGGAGCGCACGCACGCGACAUGCGCCAACAUCGCCAUGGGAUCCAAUGAAGGCCUCGAAAGUGCCGACAAGGCAAUCAGUAAUGCUGCUGCGACCGGUACAUGGGUGCUUGUCAAAAACGUGCACUUGGCACCGUCGUGGCUUCAGAGCCUCGAGAAGCGCCUGGAUUCCCUCAAGCCUCACAAGGAGUUCCGACUCUUCUUGUCUAUGGAAUCUAGCCCUAAGAUCCCGGUGAAUCUCAUUCGCGCAUCCCGUGUGUUGAUGUUUGAGCAGCCCGCUGGUGUUCGUGCAAACAUGAAGGACUCGCUAUCGACCCUGACGACUCGCGCCAGUAAAGCGCCUGUGGAGAAAGCUCGAGUCUACCUCCUCCUCUGCUUCCUUCACGCCGUGGUUCAAGAGCGUCUGCGCUACGCGCCAAACCUGGGCUGGAAGGGCUUCUGGGAGUUCAACGACAGUGACUACGAGUGUUCGGCUCAUAUCAUUGACUAUUGGGUCAACGAGGUGGCUCAGGGUCGCUCAAACGUCGCACCUCUCAAACUGCCCUGGGAGAUGAUACGCACCCUCAUCACAGAGAUGUACGGUGGCAAGAUCGACGAUUUGGGUGACUUCCAGCAGCUCGAGAGUCUGGUGAAUCGGUUCCUCACCCCCGCCGCUUUCGAGGAGGAACACAAACUUGUGUCCGGUGUCGAAAAUGACGAGCUCCUUGCCUUGCCAAGUGGCACUAGUAUUCGCGACUUUAUCAGCUGGGUGAAUCGUCUCCCCGAGCGCGAGCCACCAACGUACCUGGGCCUUCCGGGCAAUGCAGAGAAGCUGUUGCUUGUCAACCACGGAGGCAAGAUGAUCUCCGAUCUGUCACGCAUCACGACAUUGUUGGAUGAGGGAGAGCAGUUGAUGGUUGACAACUGA